AUCAUGGCCGUAGUUUCAACAUUAUUAUUUUUUUCGCUUUUUCAGUGAAGCGUAUGUGGACAUGCUUCAUGUACAACCGAAUGUAUAUAAAUGAGAACACGUCCGACGGGAACUUUAUAUUUGCUUCAGUGUGACGUAUUGUCGUGCCCUAUAUGCAAGUUUAAGGCAGAUAGUCAUUGGGCACAGUUGCAUUGUAUAGGGAUAUGCACACAUUCACAGUAACCAAGCCAGUGUAUUGCACGUACAGCAACCAUCAUGCACCUUGUUAUAUAGUACAAAACAAUCUCGACUGGAAACUGUCUGACAUUCAAGGAACAAGUAAACAAGUAGUUACCGAGUUAGUUGUAUGCCUACGUAAUUGCGAAUGACCUCAUGCAUUACCUUAACACAUCCACGAGACUUUUAAGUAUAUUAUUAACUAGGUAUUUAUAAGUAUUAACCUGGUCUAUAAGUAGUUGCUGAGAUAUUUCUAAACGAGCACGCCCUGUAACAGAUAGUUAUGUGACUGUCUUGAGUAGGUACUUUGUUUUGUCCGCUUAUUUUGUUUUCUAUUAAUAGUAGUAUUGAAGUAAUGUUUCUUAACAGGAGUGGCCUACUAAACUUGUGCGUGGCCCUAGCGCUACACGAUUGUGGAUACAGAGCCGUCGGUAUUCGUAUCGACAGCGGUGAUCUGGCUUAUUUGUCUGUGCUAGCGCGGGAGACCUUCGAGAGCAUUGCUGGAGCUUUCAAACUGCCUUGGUUCUCUAAGCUAACCAUAGUAGCCUCUAAUGACAUCAAUGAGGAAACUAUUCUGAGUUUGAAUGAACAAGGACACAAAAUCGACUGCUUCGGGAUUGGAACACAUUUAGUAACUUGCCAGCGCCAACCCGCUCUAGGGUGUGUUUACAAGCUAACAGAAAUAAAUGGACAGCCGCGCAUCAAACUGAGUCAAGAUGUGGGCAAAGUGACUAUACCUGGACACAAAGAGGCCUACAGACUAUUCGGUGCUGACGGUCACGCGCUGAUCGACCUGCUGCAGCGCUCGUCCGAGCCCGCUCCCGAAGUCGGCCAGAAGGUGCUCUGUAGGCAUCCCUUCCAAGAGUCGAAGAGAGCUUACGUCAUACCCAGCAAAGUUGAACACCUGUAUAAGGUGUAUUGGAAAGAUGGACGUAUACACACGAUGCCAAAACCACUGCAUGAGGUCAGGGAGAGGGUGCAGUCUUCACUCAGAACUCUGCGACAGGACAUCAAACGGAACUUAAACCCAACUCCCUAUAAGGUGGCAGUUAGUGAUGACUUAUACAAUUUCAUUCACGAUUUGUGGCUUCAGAACGCGCCUAUUGGAGAGCUAUCAUGAAAGCAAUGAAAUUAACCCACAGUACACACGAAUAUUACAAUGAGCUUGAAAUAUUUGUCUGAGGAGAACAAAUAUCUUAUAAUUGUAGCAUUAAUCAUGCAAAGUGCAACAACUAGUAAUAUUGUAUUUAUAUUUUAUGUAAUCGUACGUUAGGUAUGGUACAUAUUUAUGUUUAGUAAAUCUUGCCUGUUGAUUUUCUGUAGUACAUACAAACUAUGAGUUUUGUCACAACUGAGAUCCUGAAAUGAUCUUAUUAUAUGUAAGCUCCUUUUCAAGUAUAGAAAAGUUUCAAUGUCGUAGGUUCUAAGCAGUACAGAAUGUAUUACUCUAUAGAAGGGAACCUUAAGGGAGCAAUCACAAUACCUAUCCAAUCCAGAUAUUUUGUAACAUUUUACAAUAGAUGUUUUUCUGAGACAGUUUUUAUCUAUUGUAUAUCUUAGGGCUUAAAUAAGAAAAAUGUUCAGUGUAAAUAAGGUUUUGUCGCAAUCUAAUUACGAGGGCUUUAGCGAAACUCAUGCACAUAUUGUAAAAACUAGUAAUAAACUUUUAUGUCAUUUUAUGGUAUGCCAUAAGUGAUGACUUACCGAUAUUGAUGUACAAAUUAUGUUGUCCUUUGAAUCUAUUUUUCUGUUCAUAUACUAGUCAAAUAGAACAACAUUAUUACUCAUUUCAAUGUAAAAAAUUGCUAUAAUUUAUUUGUUUUUUUAAAGUGCUUCAAAUCAUUUUGCAUUCCUUAUAUUUGGCUAUGUCAGCUUCGACCAAAAUAUUAAUGUAUUUAGUGAGAAACCCUAGCCACCAAUAAAAAUGUAACAGUGAUAAAAAUAUAAAAUUAGUAGUAAUCUUCAUAACAUUCACAGAGCAAAUAUUAUAUUUAAUAUAAUAUUCAGGCUGUAUGCAAUAAAACUGUUUGAAGGUUUAGUUAAGUUUAGAAGAGAGAAACCGUAACAUGUGUACAAAUUGUGUAUUUAUAACAAAUAGUGCAUUUAGUUCACCUUUUAGGUAGAAUACAUUGAAGGGUCGUGAUAUUAGGUUAUUGAUUUGGUUGUUAUUGGCGAAGGAAAAUAAUGUGAUAAUAUACUAUGGACACAUUGAUUACAUGAAAAAUAAUAGAGUUGAACAGAUAUCAUGGUCCUUUAUAUAGUGUUUUAAAUUAUAUGUAUAUGUACUGAAUGAAGUUUCAAUAGAAUUUUAUAUUUACCGACUAUGUUAUGUUGUCCUUAAUAUUUUAUAUCUUUGAAGUUUUAAAGGAUUGUUGUAGAAUGCUUUCGUGUUAGGAUUAAACAUUUUGCACGAGACAUACGAAACUAUAUUAAAUUAUUAUAAUUAAUAUUAUGUUAAAGUGUAUUUGUCACUUAUAGAUAUAUUUCUGUAAGCUUAGAAAAUAGAAUAACUUAGAAAUAGCGGUUGAGUGUUUCGGGAGUAAAUGCCUACUAUUUACUUAGCACAUAAAGAAAAUUGUUGUUAGUGCAAAAUGGCGCUAUGAAAGCGUUACAUUAUGAAGUACACGAAUUAAAACACUUUUGACUUAGCUACGACACUUGGCGCUAAAAAUUGUAGUUUUCUGCACUCCGUCCGCCGCAUAAAGGACAUUUGCCAUGGCAAACAAUACUUAUAAAGUAGAUAAUAUAUUGCAACGCAUAAUUCAGCAAUGUUUGUUAUAAGUGUAAGACCGCUCUUAUUAUCGAAAUCGUUUUAAAUACACUAUUUUUAUAGUCUGAAGUGUGCUUAGCGUACAUUCAAAAUGAUUUCAGGUUUAUUGUAGGUAAGGAUAUUCAAGUACAUGUUUGUAUGUUUGCCUUUGUUGGCAGAAACGAAUAAAAAAUUAUGUUCUAUGUAGGUUAGCACGAGCACUGGUCUAUUCGUGGUGUUAUAUGUGCCUUUUAAAUAAAGUGUACUGAAUGAAAUCUUUUCUUAUUGUUUUUCUAUCGUUAUUUUAGCAUAUUUUAGAAACUUGCUUAUCUUUUAAUUACAUCUUGGGUGAGUUUGAAUGUCAAUAAACCACAUAUGUUUUUC